UAUAAUGAAGUUACAAAAUAGACCCUGAGAUGACGUAGACGCGUCCUCGCGUCUGAACUCUCGCACGGUCCCCCAAAUUUUUCGGUGAACCCCGCGGUGAACCCCACCAAAACAUUACACAUGGAGCAGUAAUUUUCUCCUCCCUGUUCUCCUCCACCAGCUUUUCGAAAAAAGAUUUCACAGAUCAAUAAAAACUCACCAUGAGUGUAUGCGCCACAUGCAAAAAGCCCCUCGAGGUGGAAAUCGAGCCAGAGGAGGACGAUGUGCAAAUGAGCGGUUCUUCCAGCAAAGCGCCUGCCGCUGCGCCGGAAACAUACCCAGAUGACGUGCAAUUGAGCUGUGGAUGCCACUUUCACUGGGACUGUCUUCUUGAGGCGUAUCAAGUCACCGAGUGCUCGAAUUGCGGAAAAGAUAUCGCUUCAACAUCAUCCGACGGCUCUCAGCAAGUCCUCUGCAACCUAAACAAUGAAGGCGGUCUCCAAGAGAAUCUUGAUAUCCUCCCGCUCCUAACAGAGGAAAGCUACCUCAAAGCCUAUCCCGAAGACCGUAAGAACCGCGCCUUCCUCGAAUUUUGCCGCGAGGGCGACGUCCAAGCGAUAGUAGGCAUGCUACAAGACGACGAAAGCGACGACGACGAAGAUGAGGAUAUGGAGGGAGUUCAAGACGACUCCGGCAAGGAAGUCGGGGUGGAUGCGAUGUUGCGAUAUCAGGACCCUAUUGGCGACAUGCAGUCGGGACUUCACGCGGCAGUACAUGCGCAAAGCAGGGAGGUUGCAUGGCUUCUGUUGCUGCUGGCUAGCAAUAUCCCCUUGUUGGAGAUUCCACCCGAAGUUUUCCAAGAAGCCGAAGCAUUAGGUAUCAUGAGAGGAAUCACAGAGGAUAAAGUGGAUAUUCGGUCAUUGAAAGAUGCCAAUGGCAAAACGGCUGAAGAUAUCGCUAAAGAUGUUGGUGGUGUGUGGGUAACUGGUUGGGUCGGAACCGGCAAGCUGGCCGUGUGA